AUGAGUGCUGCUUUGCUUUUGGAUGCGUUGAGAAGACAUGAUUUGGAAGAGUAUUAUCCAAACUUAUCUGCACAAGGCAUCUCGAAACUGGACAAUCUACUAGAGUUAUCCGAAGCAGAUUACUCGAGAUUAGGCAUUCGCUCUCCAGAAGACAAAUCAAGGUUUUUGGCGUUGACUCGAGAUAUCAGCAUGCCCCGCAACAACAACACAACGAUUAAACCUAGUAACCAGAGUAGCGAUAGAUCAAAGCUCAAGACAACCACUGAAUGGAUAACACGAAAGAGGCCCUUACCUACAGCUGGAUACUCGCCAGAACGAAAGACUCGACGCAUGACAAUCGCCCCACAGACGCUCAUUUCACGUACACCACCCAAGACGUCUGCUCGAGAUCGCCGUCUUUCGUACCUACCAACAGCUUCCGUGCAGCGAGACAUAGCUCAUAAAUCGCCUACCAAAAGCCCUAUCAAACCUAGACCAAUACCAAGACCCAAGAUCAUGAAUGAGGAACAUAUAAUUACCGAGCCGCCUAAACAACCCAUUGUUGAAAAAGCUUCAACACGAUAUUUGGAUGCGUACGGUAUCCCUAUGAAUCAAAGAGCUAGACUUGCGCCAACAUCCGAUAGCCCCACACAUCAGCAAGGCUCUCUUGAGGCAUUCUUGCAGUCAAAGGCAACAAAACCCACCCAUCAAAGCACAACAAAGGCUUCAGCAGCUCUAUCAUUGAAUACGGCAAAUGACUUGAAUCAGCGUAUCCGCGUAUGUGUACGAAAAAGACCGUUGAAUAAGAAGGAGACCAGCAACCAGGAAGUGGAUAUAGCUCCUCUAAGAGGCAGUCGAACUAUUGAAUUGAAUGCACCAAAGACUCGGAUUGACCUCACUCGAUACACAGAGACCCACACAUUCACAUUUGAUGAUACAUUUGAUGGCAGCUCUUCACACACUCAGAUCUAUGCUCGAACAGCACAGCCAUUAGUGGACUACAUUUUCAGGGGCGGAAAGGCGACAUGUUUUGCACAUGGACAAACAGGCUCUGGAAAGACAUACACAAUGCUGGAUCCCAACCACGGCCUCUAUGUGCUUGCUGCGCAGGAUAUUUUUCGACUUUUGUCAUCAGAAUAUUAUGCUCACCUUUCCGCCAGUGUUGGAUUCUACGAGAUUUAUCAGGGCCAAUUAUUUGAUUUGCUCAACCUAAAGACCAAGUUGGUUGCAAGAGAAGAUGGUAAUGGAAAUGUGGUGAUUGCAGGUCUUCGUGAGUAUCCUAUUGGCAGCGUGGAGGAUCUCAUGUCGGUAUUCGAGUACGGAAAUCAAGGCAGAACCACUGGCAAGACUGGCGCCAACAACAAGUCUUCUCGCUCACAUGCUGUGCUUCAGAUCCUGUUAAAAACAAAGACGACUCCUCCCAAGGUGCAUGGCAAACUGAGUUUUAUUGACUUGGCAGGCAGUGAAAGAGGCGCGGAUAGAGGCGAUGCGAACGAUAAAACAAGACAAGAAGGUGCAGAAAUCAACAAGAGUCUUUUGGCGCUAAAAGAAUGCAUUCGUGCCCUGGAUCAAAACAAAAACCACACUCCCUUCAGAGGAAGUAAACUCACUCAAGUGUUGAGAGACUCCUUUACAGGCGAUUCUCGGACAUGUAUGAUUGCUACCAUAUCCCCUAAUAACUCGAAUAGUGAGCAUACAUUAAAUACCCUCCGUUACGCUGAUAGAGUUAAGCAGUUGAGAGGAGAAAACGAUCCUCGUUUGAUGGGUGAUUACGGCCGAAAUGCAGACAGUAAAGAAGGAGGGGGCCUUGUUACAGCAGAUGCAGAAGUCGAAGUGAGAGAUACAGACAGUCAAAGUGUGUCCAAUUCAGAUGCGAUUUACGAGAACGAUGCCUCAGAAAACUUGUUGGAGGUGGAUUUCCCAUCAAGCGAAGUAGCUGCGAACGCCUUGACAACGCCUACCAAUGAACGCUACUACCACGCCAUCAGUGCCCCUGAAUUGACUACAGACCGCCAGGAAAAGUAUCUCCAACGUCUUGAAUCACCACCAGCCGAGGUAUUUGAUCAAAGCAUGGAUGAUCCGUUUGGAUCAGUGCCACUUGUGAAGGACGGCGCGGCAAGUCAAUCCAUGCGCAUCGAUGUCAGUGAAUCCGACAUGUCAUAUUCUACAGUAACCGCCACAACAGCUACAACAUGCAAUGAAGCCAGGCUUCGCAAGUUUGUGCGAAUGCAUCGAGCCCAGAUCAGCCGCAUGGAGGACUGCAUAAAGAAAGAAAAGAUGAUACUUGGCAAAAUAUCAAUGACCAUCCUUACUGAAUCAAGCGGUGCAGACGAUAUGGAGGAUGACUUGAUGGAUCAUCAGCAACUCAAGCAGGAUUAUGAAGACUAUUUGAAUGACUUGGACGAUAUUCUGGAUACACAGUUUGAUUUGGUCAAUGACCUCAAGAGUAGAAUUAAGGAUGAGCUGGAGGAAUAA